AUGCCGAAGUGGUUCAAAGGGGCCCCCUUCGGGGUGCAGAGCCAGAGGUUUGACGUCUCCGCUGUUUAUCCCAACCAGAAGAAAUACAGCACAUUCACAGAGGCCCCGUAUUCCAGGCAUCAUUCUGUGGAAGUGUCCCACAUAGGACCCGGGACCUAUAACACCAAGGACACCUGUUUCAGCAAGAGGUUCCUGGAUCAGAAGUUGAGCACAGGCUGGGCCCGGGCCCAGGAAGCCACCCGGCUGACCCAGCUGCCCCACUUCCAGUACCAGGCCAUUAUGAAAGAAAGACAGCAGCAGGUGCACAAGCUGGGACCUGGGUCCUACAACUUCAAGGAUUUCUUAACCCAGCUGCAGGAGAAGCCGCAGAGCAAACGGGGGCUGCUCAGCUCUGGGGAGACCCGCUUUCGGGGAUUCAUCGGGAACUAUUAUCCGGGCCCCGGAAAUUACGGGGAGAAAGGUAACCCAUACACACGGCUGGAGGAGAACGCCUGGAACCGCGCACACUCCGAGGGCCUUAUGUGUAAAAUGUCCAACAAGUCACCCACCUUUCAGAAGGGCAGUGGCCUGGGACCUGGGACCUACACCAUCAAAAGCGACAUUGAGACAAAGGUGGCACGAUCCACUGGUACUCGUGGCCCCUGUGACAUUUUCUCUGGUGACCGAAGCAACCCUAUGCCUUAUGGGCAUUACUCUGUGCAGAAAAAGAAGCCCACGGAGUUGAUGAAUUUCAAGAGCUUCGUGGAAGACCUUAACUCACGCCCUAACAAGAAACGAGGAGUUUUUUCGAAGUUUCCCCGAGAUCCAAAACACCCCACAGAGAGAAUUUACUGGACUACCCUUAGUCAGUACCCCAGAGAUCUGAAUACAGCCGGCCCCGGGUUUUGUCUUCCUUGUGAGACGGAACAGAAACAUGUCAACCGGCCACCGUUCCUCCUGGCCUCCAAGCGCUCAGGCAUUAAGAUCUACCAGAUGAUUAUGGGGAACUGGAACCCGGUUGGGGUAGGCCGCUACCUCAACACCACCCUGAUGGAGAGCAAAGACAGAAGGCAGAGGUACCGCUCUCUGUUCCUGAACGGAUCCAAGCGUUACCUGGAGAACCUAGCCCAAGACAGACUCCUGCAGGAACGGAUUACACCUUUUAACAAGGGCAAGUUCCGUCCAACUGUGGACUACAAUUCUGAUCCGACUCCUUAAAGCCACACGGGAAGGACAGCUUGAUGUAACCAGAGAGCCCAACCAAGCCUGAAGAGAAACCUUGGGACGGAAGGAUGGGGGAUGGACUCAGAGGUCUUGGAGAAAGCCUGGGUGAGGGGAGAGGCUGGGAGGCUCAUCUGUGCUGCAGCCCUGUAGCCCAAACCAGUGUCUGCCGGGACAGUGGGGGACCAGGUAUCUUUUGUUACAAGAGAUCCAUUGUCCUGAGUAUUCUAGUCAGCUGGUGACAUGAAUUUGGGAGCCAGACAGCAGAUGGAUGGAAGAGGGGGAUGUGGGCGACUCCCUAGAAACCUUUCCACCGUAAAGCCAGAGUGUGGGUACC